AACAUGUAUCCUACUACGUUUAGAAGUAAGCAUAAUUAAUACAGCAUCUUAACGUCCCAAGAGAUGGACGGUGGUUCCACAGAGAAAGAGAACAAAAUAAAAGAUGAUACGAGUAAAACUGCCGGUCACUUUGAUGAAGACCAUGGGGAGGUACCCAAUGGGUUUUCUAUGAGAAUAUCAUCUACAGAAAGAAAAAUUAAACCGUACGAACACGAAACAAAGAAUGUGGAAAAUACAUAUUUAAAAGCAAAAGAAGAAAUUGAAAAGAGUUUGGUAAAACAGUUAGGGGAAAGAAAAGUGGCAUCAAUACAUGAAACAAUUAGUUCAAGCAAUAACAUUUCGUCCCCAGUGUCUACACCUUUAUCGUUUUCCGAAAACGCAGCAUUAACCAAUGAUAUACAGAACAAGGUUUGUCAUGAAAAUAAUUAUUCUGACAAAAAAUCGGAGAAUUGGAAAAGAGAAGACCCUUUGGCGGAUGAAUUAAGAAUUAUCAGAUGUCCUGAGUCAGUAGAAUCAACUUCACAGCAGAUAAAGACUUUCGAGAAAAACAAACUUUCAGAAAAUAGUACCCGUGCUUCUAUGAAAGUAACUAAAGACAAUGAGAGUAUAAAACUUAUUACUACCCAGAACAAUGCUACAUGUAAUAAUCAACAAGAGGAGGGGGUGAGGUCUGGGAUAUUCAAAUUUACAGGAACCUCUCGCACCAUGAAAGAAAAUAAUAAAUCUGAAAAGUUUGACACUUUUUUAAAUGCACAGAAUUUCAAAACUAAGUCACUUGAUUUCAAAUUGCCCCCUUCAGAGGAGAUACGAAAACUAUUCCCCGGAAGAGAAAGAGAAAAGGCCAAAAUGGCGUGCAAUCGUUGUAACAGUUGGUGCUUCUAUUGGAACGUUUGUAGAGAUUGUAUGAUGUUCCUCUGUGAUUCGUGUACAGCGUUUUACCCACACACACCAGAACACACAACAAUCAGAUCCAAAGCAUUUUCUGAAUUUGGAUGCCUCGAUCACAUACAGAUCCUUAAAUAUUUUUGUCUUGUCUGCAACAGUCGCCGAUGUGACGAUUGUAUUAAUUUGGGGAGAUGUCAUAACCAUGAAUUAAAAGCUAUCUUUGGAAACCCAGAUCAAAUCGAAAGUACCGACAAGGUCCCUGCAGGAGUGAAGAUAAUUAAAGAAGAGAGUUCUACUCGGUGUUUGAAAUCGUCUUCGAUAAGGGGAAGUACUUUAUCGGAACACUUUUGUAGGUAUUGUCAGAUGUCACAAAAACGUUACAACAUUUGCGAAGAUUGUAUGAUAUACCUCUGUGAGGCGUGUAUGGAGCGCCACCAUCCUAAUGACCACCCAAUUUGUAAACAAGUACCAUUCCAUGUUUUUGCUUGUUCUAAACACAAACAAAUUUGUCGUUACUUUUGCCAUUCUUGCAAUAAUUUGAGAUGUGAUGACUGCAUUGUGACAAAUGAGCAAUGCUCUGGACAUGCUGAUAGGCUUGUCAAAAUACUGGACUAUAUUAAGCACAAAAAGGACAAAUUUGAUGAAGCAAUACAACAGUUUUCUUCCAGAGGGUCUCAGUCCAUUAAUAUGCUGUCAGAUCGACUAGAAGAAAUCGAGGAAACAUUUUCGAUGAAUGGAAUUUUGAACAAGGAAAUUUUGAAACAAGAAUUCGCAUCGCUUCAUCAACUUAUUACAGAACGAGAACACAGGAUUUAUCGGAAUUUUGAGAAGGAAUAUGCGUCCUGUAUGGAGAGGAUCCAGCAAUACAAAAGGCGGUAUGGUUCGAUCAUGAAAGCUGAUAGCGAACUAAUAUCGACAUCUUUGCAGUAUCUUGGCAAGGAAUCCUUAAUGGAAUUUUACUUUAGCAAUGAAAAGAUCUGGGAAAGGUUGGAUAAGCAUAAGAAGAAAUUGGAAUCUCUACCUAGCCCUGAUGCCCUACUGCAUUCUCCGAUUCUUUCUCCAAUGUCUUUUUAUGUAGAAAAAUCAGAGCUGGAUAAAUCUCUACAAUUCAAGAAUAUUGGACCAUGCUCUAUAACCUGUCAGCGACAUGUAAUGUACAUUGAGGAUGUCAAGGCACCUAUUCGGGUAGAAGACUUUAUUUCCAUUCCCACCCCAAGUCUCUCCAAGUCUUACUCGAUCUGUUUAGAAAUAUUGACAUCUGUAAAGAAGGUUAUCAGCCGUUCUGUUCAUCGUUCGUUAGACGAAUACGUAGCUAAUGCAGGAAACCUGACAGCCUUGGAACCAUUACACAGAUAUAUUUUCAGAUUUCAUGUAGAAACUUCAUUCCGAAUGUCUGACAAGAGAAUUACGAAGAGCGUAAGCAGUCCUUGUCACGUCCUAGUGAUCACAGGUAAAGCACCUGUACAGAAGGAGAAGCAACCGAAGAUUUACACCACCAAGUGUGGAGAUACCGUUAAAAAGUUGAUCAGCAGAGUAGAGGGAAAGCUGAAAUUGAAGGACAGCAAACAACAUGAGGAAAUAUUGGGGUUUUGUUGCUUGCCCAGAGGUGAAAAUAUAAAACCAAUUUUUCUCGACACUGGAUCAAACUUCUCGCUCUUUGGUACUCAAUUACAAUUUUCAGAAUUUAAAACUAGUCAAAAAUCUAUUGGAACAAGACAAGCAUUUGUUGCGAGAAAAGGCAAAUGUUUUGAACAACGAGAAGGCUAUAUCUACACCAAACACCAAUGCAUAACAGCAAUGCCUUAUUAUGAAAACAAAAGUUUAGAAGAAUUGCGAGCAGAGGAUUACUUAAUUAAAAGACUGGGUUGGAAUGGACAUAUAACAAGAAGGUUUAGACCUCCCACAGACGCCGAAACACGGUUUCAAUCUAUUUCCGCCAUGACAGAGUAUGAGAACUACAGUCCAGAGGAGCUUAGGUUACAGGAUUAUAUAACCAGCGGGAUAAUCAAAUUUUGUAAAUUUUGGCAUGUGACAGACAAGGGUAGACUGCAGAUGCAUAUCGGUCAACAGGUCAUCGGGAUACCUGAUAAAAUUUUCAAUAGGGUCUCCACAACGCGGAUGAUAAUCAAUGAAAUGCAGGCAACAUUCGGGAAUUCUCUGCAAACAUUGAAAUCGUUUUCGAAAAGGGAUAGUGCUUUAUCAGAACAAUGUAGGUAUUGUCUGAUGUCCCUGAAACAUUACAAUAUUUGUGAAGAUUGUAUGAUAUACCUCUGUGAUCAGUGUAUGGUGCGCUACCAUCCUAAUGAUCACACAAUUUGUAAACAAGUACCAUUCCCGGUUUUUGCAUGUUCUAAGCACAAUCAAAUAUGUCGAUUCUUUUGCAAUUUUUGCAAUGAAAUGAGAUGUGAUGACUGCAUUGUGACAAAUGAGCAAUGCUCUGGACAUGCUGAUAGGCUUAUCAAAAUACUGGAACAUAUAAAACAGGAAAAGGACAAGUUUAUUCAAGCAGCUGAACUGUUUUCCCCCAGAGCGUCUCUGUCAAUUGAAAUGCUGUCUGAUCGACUAGAGGAAGUUGAGGAAACAUUUUCGAUUAAUGCAAUUCUCAACAAGGAAAUUUUGAGACAAGAAUUUGCAUCGCUUCGUCACCUUAUUACAGAACAGGAACAAGAGAUUUAUCGGGAUUUUGAGAAGGAAUAUGAGUCCUGCAUGAAGAGUAUUCAGGAAUACAAAAGACGGUAUGGUUCGAUCAUGCAAGCUAAUACCAAAAUAAAAGCGACAUCUGAGCACUACCUUGGCAAGGAAUCCCUCACGGAUUUUUACUUUAACGCUGAAAAGAUAUGGAAAAGAUUGGAUAAGCAUAAGAAGAAUAUGAAAUCUCUACCUAGCCCUGAUGCCCUACUGCAGUCUCCGAUUCUUUCCCCAAUGUCUUUCUAUGUAGAAAAAUCAGAGCUGGACAAGUCUCUUCAAUUCAACAAUCUAAGACCAUGCUCUAUAACCUGUCAGCAACAUGUAGUGUACAUUGAGGAUGUCAAGGCACCUAUUCGUUUAGAUGACUUUAUUUCCAUUCCCACCCCAAGUCUCUCCAAAUCCUACUCGAUUUGUGUAGAAAUAUUGACAUCUGUAAAGAAGGUUAUCAGCUGUUCUGUUCAUCGUUCAUUAAACGAAUACGUAGCUAAUGCAGGAAACCUGACAGCCUUGGAACCAUCACACAGAUAUAUUUUCAGAUUUCAUGUACAAACUUCAUUCCAAAUGUCUGACAAGAGAUUUACGAAGAGCUUAAGUAGUCCUUGUAACGUUCUGGUGAUCACAGGUAAAAAUUUUCUUGACGUCGGAACAAACUGUUCACCGUUUGGUACCUCUUUACAAUCAGGAGAGGUUUUGAAUGGGCAUAUAACAGGAAGGUUUAGACCUCCAACAGAUGGCAAAGCACGGUUUCAAUCCAUUUCUGCCAUGAAAGAGUAUGAAAACUAUAGUCCGGAAGAGCUUAGGUUACAGGAUUAUAUAACCAGGGGGAUAGUCAAAUUUUGUAAAUCGUAUGAUCUAAUCAUGGAAAACAGAGACAAAUCGGGAAAUGAAACCAUUACAGAUAUGGAAGAAAGACUUAAACUUGAGCAUGAGGAAGAAAUAAGGAAGUCCGAAUCAGAUGAGGGGAUUGCGAAUUCAUACGACAGAAAUAGCGGUGGUGAUUUGGUCAAUAGUGUUAAACAAAAUGAUCUCAAAAGUAGCAUGAUGAGGGAAUCCAUACAUCGAGAUGAACAAAUCAGAGAAGUUACUGAGCUUCAUAUUUCAAUGGAAGAACGUUUGAUGAAAACAGGAACGGUUGAAGAGGACAGUGAUUCAAAUAAGGAAAAAGAUAGGCACGAAGAAGAAUAUAACGAGAAUGAAGAAUCAUUGUACGAAAAGAGUGAAAUUACUGCAUUGAAUUCAAUAAUUACAAAAACGAAAGCUGAUUUUAAAAACACUAAAGAUGAAAGAGUCGAGGGGAUUUCCAGUAAAAGCGUUGUUACUGAUGAGAAAAUGAUAGGUUUUGAAGCCCCUCCAGCAAAGUUUUCUAAUACAGAUUUAGACAACUCUGAGAAAAGUGAAGUUACCAGAAGUUUAAUUCAGUCAAAAGAGAAUAUUCAGGAAAGAGACAGUAGACAAUAUCUUCAUACAGAUACACACAAAAGCUGGGAUCAAGAAUUUGAAUGCACAAGAAAUCGUGAAAGCGAAAAUGCUUUACCAGAAAUUAAAACAGUGGAUGAAAAAUAUCGUUACAGAAAAACAAAUAUAUUGGAGCAGACUAUCAAUGUUCAGGAUUCAUGUAAAAACCUUACAGGGUAUGGAAAGGAUGCUAUGUGUGACAAUAGAUCAUCCAAUUCAAGCAAUGAAAUGCAGCAAAAGGAAUUCUGUGCUGAUUUGCAAAAAGAUUCUCUGAGGGGUGUUUUGAACUCAAAAAAUGAUACACUUUCUUCAAAAGAAGAAUUGAGACACUCAGUUGGAGAAAAUUCCCCAAAGAAUGUAGAAAAAACAUUGACUUCCUCUACCAGUAAACUACAAUGUAAAAAGCCUGAUGAGUUUUACAAAACAUUUUCUUUUGAUUUAAAAUUUUUACCACCAAAUGACAGAAGAAAAUUUGUUACAAAGAAAGAAAUAGGUACAGAACAUAAAACAAAUACUUCAAACUUGACAGUGUCUUCCAAAGCUCUAGGAACUUUGUCUGAUCACUAUUGUAAUUAUUGUGGCCUGACAAGUGAAAGCUACAAUGUUUGCGAAGAUUGCAUGGUAUAUUUCUGCAACAAUUGCUUUCUAAGAUUUCAUCCCAGAAGUCAUACUAUUUGUAAAUCAAAACCUUUCCAUUCCUUUGCUUGUUCUGAGCACAAGCAAAUUGGUCGUUAUUUCUGCCAAGUCUGCAAAGCACUAAGAUGCGAGGAAUGUGUCCUUGGUAAAGGAAAAUGUCGUGAACACAAAAUUAUAAAACUUUUGAAACAUAUCACAGAGGAAAAGGACAAAUAUGAUGAAGCAAUCCAUAAUUUUUCCGAUGUCAGUUCUCAUACAGUCAAUAUGCUUUCUGCAGAAUUGGACAUGAUUGAGCAGAACAUUACCAUGAAUGCUCUUCAGAAGAAGGAAUCUUUAAGACAGGAGCUUGCAUCACUCCGCCAUUUGAUAACUGUUAGAGAACAACAAAUGUACGAGGAUUUAGACCAGGAUUUCAGUUUGCAGUUAAAAAGAAUAAGACAGAUGCGAAGAGAAUAUGGGUCUUUCAUGACAGAAGACAAUAAACUACUUUCCGAGUCCUUACAUGCCCUGGGAAAAAAAUCUCUAUUGAUUUUCCAUUUCAAUGUACCAAAAUUAUGGGAAAGAUUCGAACAACAUAAGAAACACUUAAAUUCCCUGAAAAGCUCAGACGAAUUGUUGGUUUCACCGUUGGACUUCCCAUUUUCUCUUUAUGUCGAAAAAAAGGAGCUGGAUAAAUCAUUGCAGCUAAAGAACUUCGCUUCAUUAACCAUAACCUGUCCAAGCCAUAAUGUGUACCUUGAUGACGUCAUAAGACCACUGCGUCUUCAGGAAUUAGUUGUAAUCCAUCGACCUACCUUGUCCAACUUCCAGACAGUAUUUGUUGAGAUUCGAAAGCCACUAAAGAAUGUCCUCUGGAAAUCUGAGUGCACUGCAGACGAAUUCAUAGUGAAUACUGAGGGCAGAAUUAUGCUUGAACCAAAAAGCAGAUACAUUGUCAAGAUUUCUCUUCAAACGACAACACAGUUGUCCGAGUACAGAACAACACAGAGCAAAGGCAGACCUUGCCAUAUUUUACUCAUAACAGGAAACGAUGCACCAAUGGACACGAGAAUGGAAUCAGUGUAUUCCCAGGAAAACAUCAUCGGACUGCAGUAUCCAGGAUUAUAUGAAAGAAAACUUAUAGAACUAUCUCUCUUCACGUUUUAUGGACAAUCUUUGGAAAAUCCAUUGAGCCCAAUAGAUUAUGAGCAUAUGAGUUUUGAGGAAAGAAGAUUUCUUUGCGGAUAUUGAUAAGGAGCUCGAGAGUCUGGUGUCUAGCGAUAAAGAAUUCCACUCGUUUACUACAGUUGGUACAAAUGAUGAUUUGUAUGUUUGCAGUCUACAGCCUUAUUUCAGUUUUGGAAAAAGACGCUACAAUAUACUGCACACUAGACUCCGACACAAUUGUGUGCUAAACAUUGAUCUUUAUAGGUGUAACAUAAUAUCUAGUCCAUUAUGCUCUUGUGGUAAGGUAGAAGACACACAUCAUUAUUUUUUCUCAUGUCCUAAAUACACUGAGGCCAGGAAAGAUUUCUUCGAUAAGUUUUUGAGAUUUAAUAAAGUUCAUAUUGUUGACACUCAUACUUUACUCUGGGGGGAUACUUCACUCAGUAUUGCUGAAAAUGAAUAUCUCUUCUCUAUUGUUCAAUCUUAUAUUCAGCAUUCAGGCAGAUUUAAUUGAUUUUUCUAAAAAUGUGUAUAGAUAAUAAUUUAGCAGUAUAUGUUUCUAUGUUGUGAGUUAAUUUACUUUGUACAUGCUGUUGGACACGUCUGAUUGAAUUUUUUGUGAUAUAACAUGUAGGGAGAGGGCGAAUUAAGUUUUUAGAACUUGUGCCCAAUCCCAUUGUAUAUAUUUAUUGCAAUAAAAUAUGUUCAAACCAAA